AUCCGCUCUUAAGUCCUUAUUCUUAUUACUUGUUUAACAAUGGUUUCCAUGCAUGCGAUGUCUUACUCCCUGGCGUUCUUCUUCUUUGCUGCAUUAGCUUCAGCGCAGCUGUCACCAACGUUCUACGAGACAUCAUGUCCCGGAGCUCUAUACACCAUCCAAAACGCAGUCAGGGCUGCAGUGUUCAAAGAGCGCCGCAUGGGAGCAUCUCUGCUCCGGCUCCAUUUCCAUGAUUGCUUUGUUAAUGGUUGCGAUGGAUCCAUUCUUUUGGACGACACUCCGACCUUCACUGGCGAGAAGACUGCAGGUCCCAACAAUAACUCUGUCAGAGGUUUUGACGUGAUCGACACAAUUAAAUCCCAGGUUGAGGCCAUAUGCACGCAAGUUGUGUCAUGUGCUGACAUUCUUGCUGUAGCCGCCCGCGACUCCGUAGUUGCAUUGGGAGGCCCUUCAUGGGCUGUGCAACUAGGAAGGAGGGAUGCAACAACUGCAAGCUUCAGUGGCGCAAACAGUGAUAUCCCCAGCCCAACUUCGGAUCUAAGUGCUCUGAUAUCAGCCUUCUCCAAGAAGGGUCUCAGUACCACCGAUAUGGUAGCUCUCUCAGGGGCACACACCAUAGGGCAGGCAAGGUGCACUGUGUUCCGGACCCGACUCUACAACGAGACCAACAUCGACGCAUCCUUAGCCACCUCCUUAAAAUCCAACUGCCCGAGCUCCGGGGGCGACGACAACCUCUCCCCUCUCGAUGCCAUCACUCCCACCAUCGUCGACAACUUCUACUACAAGGAUCUGGUGAACAAGAAGGGCCUCCUCCACUCAGACCAACAGCUCUAUAAUGGUGGCUCCACCGAUUCCCAAGUCACCACCUACGCUAAUAACUUUGCCAAGUUUUAUAGUGACUUUGCUGCUGCCAUGGUGAAUAUGGGGAACAUUAGUCCUCUCACUGGUACCAGUGGGGAGAUCAGGACUAACUGUAGGAAGAUCAACUGAGAAGUCUAUCUUUAAGUAUGUAACAACACCUAAGAGAAGGGUCAAGUUCCCCUUCUCUUGACUACCGUAGGAAGAUCGACUGAGAAGUUUAAGUAUGUAACAACACCUAAGAGGAGGAACAAGUUCCCCUUCUCUUGUUCUGUGUUUUGUCCUCAAGGUCUUGUAAUGGUGAUAAAACUAUAAAAGAAAUAAGGUUGCGCUGUUGGAAAA